CGUGAUUGUAUGCUCGAGAGACCACCGUCAAAUAUCGGAGGUUGAUAUCUCAACCUUUUCACAAUCUGCCCUGAAAAUCAUGAGAUUACGAGCCGGAAAUGGUUUCAUAACACGCAGUUUUUGCACAUCAACUUCAGCUGGCCUCACGUCGAGAGUACUGGCAAGAUGGACGAAAUCCGACCGCGGGGAAACAGCCCGCCUUACAUACACGAACCUGACGCCGUCCAAGUGGAGGCGCUUAAGGCGACUACAGAUGCACAAAUCUGCGGCUACUUUUCUGACAAUCCGGACUACAAGGCAGGCUGCGCUUCAUCAUCCACCUGCAGCACUCCCAGCGGCGGCAAGUCAUGGGGCUGUUGCGAUGAGACAAGCUGCUACAUCCCCGCUACAUGUGAGGAUGCUUCAGCUCCCGAUUGUGGGGGCACUGCUGCCUCACUCUGCCCUUACUCUCCAAUCAUGAAAUGCACCUACGGAGCCUCGUCGCGGUGCCUCUACUUCAUUUACCAAACCGCUUCUAACGACAACGCCAAAUUUACUUCCUGGGGUUGCGGGGAAACGCCAACAACAUACAUCGUCGGACCGCUGCAAGCUGAGCAAACAUCCGAUCAUACCGCAUCAGCGACGGCCCCGACGAAUGACGAAACAGACUCAAGCUCCGGUUUUUCAAAAGACGCCACGAUCGUUCUUGCCGUUAUUCUCCCCGUUGUAGGUUUGGCGAUUCUUCUAGCUGCAGCCAUGUUGUUCCUCCGGCGGCGUAAGAAGAGAGCGCGCAACGCGAUUUCUGCGCCCAAGCGAGUCGGUGAAGGAGCAAGAUCUGAGAUGGAGCAAACUACGGAAUGUGCGCCUGUACCUGCAGCACCUCCGUAUGAGAUGGGUGACAAUGUCUUGCGGCCCGAACUAGACAGCCGUGAGGUUCGCUAUGGGACUAAUUAAUGGGCAAAAUUGUAUCCGACGGUUGAAAACGCCGACAAGUCCUAUCCUCAUGGUCAUGUGACAUCAUCGAAAGCUCCAUCCAUGUAUGCGCUGUCAGUUUGUGCGCCAUACCCAUUGGAUUUCCCCAGAUGGCUAAGAGUGACAUGACAAACUGCUUCACCUUGGGUGACCCAACCAGAACCUCGUGCUCUUCAAGACAGCGUUCCUUGGUCACAGAGUCGGUUACUAACCAGGACGGCGAGUGGCUGUUGUGACCAAUUAACCCACAAGAAUCUAU